UCUCAACAGUGAUAAACACUUCCACCUAGAGAUUAGUUCCAGGAGGUGCCAGCUGGGGCUGCAGUUAAUCAUUCACCCUGCGCCAUAGGAAGCAACGCCUAUGUGGCAGUCCCAGCCCCGGCACUUCCCAAGCUCCGGGCAGGUCCUCUUGGUCGACAGGUCAUCUAGACAGGAGAGCCAAGGCCCAGCCACAGCAGUUGCUUCUUUGAGUCGGUGCAGCUCUGGUCACCUGGUGGGCCUUCAUCUCAGGCUGCCCCCCUAACGUGCGGGGCCUGAAGGACUACCCUGAUUUGCCCUCGUGGGAAACAGGACUGUCAACAGCAAAAUCAGGUUCACAUGGACCAACUCACAGUGCAGAAGUCAGUCUGGAAGGAUGAAUUCUGGCAGAACCCCUGGGAGAAGGGGGGCCUGGCAGUGAUCGGCUUAUUCAUAACUACAGUCCUGCUUCUCAUCCUGUUUGCUAUUGUGUUUGGUUUGUUCCAACCGACAGAAGACGACCGUGUGAAGAGGACUGAUCUCACUUCCUAGGGGCUGAGACAGCAGCAGGGGAGGUGAGCUGACCUACAGUGGCAGCGGGCCCCUGCAGGGUCCCCUCUGGCUUGGGCCCCAAGCCCUGGCAUAUUCUACCUGCCAGGAAAGUAUCUAGUCAAAUACUGGAUCUGACUAGCAAGAUGGGGAGCCUGGUCUGAGACCAAUUCUGGCCACCCUCCUUCUCUGCUGCCACUAGGACUCUGAAAUCACAAGGAGAGGGCCUCUCCACUGCCUCAGGUGAGAUGAGCAAGGCUAACAAGGUCCUCUAACAGGAUCACAGGCUCAGCCAGUAACUUCACAAAUCCUUAACAGAGAAAGACACAACCAACCAAUCACAUGAAGUAAAAAUUCCUUUUCAA